AUGUCCCACGUCCCACCAACCGAGUCCAAUCUCAAUCCAGAAGAACCGAAAGCACCAGCCCCUGCACCUCAGUUCCAGCAAUUCCAAUCUCAAUCCAAAUUACUACCAAUUCCAAUACAAAUCGAAGAAGGUCUGAACCGCUUACGCAAAGAGUAUGCUACAGCUCCAACCCUUGGUUGUUCCAACAAUUCCAAUUCCAAUACAAAUCGAAGAGAGACCAAGAGUUCGAAGAAGGUCUGA